CUUCCCUUAUCCUGAAUUAAUAAACAGCUCCACCAAAGACCAUUUCACCGGAGAUUCUGGCUUCACCCGUGCAGCCAGAGCCAAGAAGGUCGCUGCUCUGGCUCGUAUCCGGCCGACGUAGACUUGCCCGCGUCGCCUCAAAGUACCGUAGGCUCCUGCAAGUUAUCAAUCGUCAAUCAGAUCACUCCCAGAGGUGUUCGUUUAACCAGAAACACGUUUGACCCCACCAAGUCAGCUGAAGAAAUUCAAGAGUUCCUCCGCCUCGAUGCUGCCCGCCGCCUCCCGUGCGACCUCCAUCAUCCGCCGCCGCCUCCUCCCUGCCUCCCAGCGGCCGCCGCCUCGAGCGAGGGCCGGCGCCCCUCCGCCCCCACGAGCCGUCUCUCACUUCCCCACCUCUGCUGGAACUGUGGGGGAGAGGGAGCCAUGGCGCUUGCCUGCGGCGUGUUCCACGCCCUCGAGCUUCUUUCCCACCGUGUCGCCGCCGGCUUCUCCCGCGCCUUGCCGCCUCCCCCUUCCAUCGCCGCCGUUCGUGAGUCGUCCAGCGCCUCUGCCCCGCCAAGUUUGCGGCCCGUCCCCUCCUCGGCUACUUGGCUUCGAUGAUGGGGUGCUUCGGCGAGGUCGGAUCGGAUACAGAGUUAGUUCGUCGUUCGGUACUACGAGGGUAGGACUCCGAAGUUUGACCAGCACUUCCUCUUCAAGCAAUGUCACAUAUAACCAUAGGUGCUCCAAUACAUAUUCGACUUCUUGUGCUACUAAGCCAGAAGUUCUAGCAAGUGAAACACCAUCGUCAGAUAUGCUUGUUGAUUCAUUUGGGAGGUUUCAUAAUUACUUGAGAAUCUCCUUGACCGAGCGUUGUAAUCUGAGAUGCCAAUAUUGUAUGCCUGCUGAAGGAGUCGAGCUCACACCAAAGUCAGAGCUUCUGUCACAUGAUGAGAUAAUUCGAGUUGCCAAUCUUUUUGUUACGUCUGGUGUGGACAAGAUCCGGUUAACUGGUGGAGAACCAACCGUUAGAAAAGAUCUAGAAGAUAUCUGUUUGCAUCUAUCUGAUCUAAAGGGACUGAAAACUCUUGCUAUGACCACAAAUGGGAUUGUUCUUUCCAAGAAGCUCCCUAGGCUGAAAGAAUGUGGUCUCAAUGCUUUAAAUAUUAGCUUGGACACAUUAAUCCCUGCAAAGUUUGAGUUUAUGACAAGGCGUAAAGGGCACUCAAAGGUCAUGGAAUCAAUUGAUACUGCCAUAGAACUUGGAUAUGAUCCUGUGAAGGUGAACUGUGUUGUGAUGCGUGGAAUGAAUGAUGAUGAAAUCUGUGAUUUCGUUGAAUUGACUAAACACAAGCCUAUUAAUAUUAGAUUUAUCGAGUUCAUGCCAUUUGAUGGUAAUGUUUGGAAUGUCAAGAAACUGGUCCCUUAUGCAGAGGUGCUGGAUAAAGUGCGUCAACACUUUAAUGGCGUAGAGAGACUUCAAGAUCACCCUUCAGACACCGCAAAGAAUUUCAAGAUUGAUGGUCAUGUUGGAACAAUUUCAUUUAUUACAUCCAUGACAGAGCAUUUCUGUGCUGGUUGCAAUAGAUUGCGACUAUUGGCAGAUGGCAAUUUCAAAGUGUGCUUGUUUGGCCCCUCGGAGGUGAGCUUGAGAGAGCCCAUUCAUUCUGGUGUUGAUGAUGCCGGGCUGAAGGAAAUAAUCAGUGCUGCGGUAUGUGGGGAAAUUACUUUGUUGUUAUCUUCUGUACGAAAGAAUAUGAAUUGUUCCAUUGCAUGUCACUUGGUAGAAAGUUCCAAGUUUGCUUUUCUUGGAGGAAGUAUAACCGCCUUGUUUUCCAGAACCGAACCAAUACUGUUCUUUGUUAAAAGGAAGAAAGCUAAACAUGCUGGGAUGUUUGAUAUUGCCAAGACAGCAAAUAGACCUAUGAUACAUAUUGGUGGCUGAGGACUGUGGGCCCAGUGGUAUUCAUGCGUAUCUUUCGCUUGUCUCAUAUCAGGAUCCCGACUGAAUUCCUUCUCCACUGGGUGACGACUAAGAUGAAGUUUCAUAUUGCUUUUAUUUCCUGACAAAGGUUACACGUUUUAGGUACAAAAAGGAGCCAAUUUAAAGGCAAUACAGUUGUCAAAAUAUAGUCCUAUACUUACAGAGCAGCAUUUCAGAACCUCAGACUAUUCAGUCUUUACGUGUUUAUACUUUUCACUACAUGCGACAGACCAAGGUGUCUCUGUUGUAUAUUGUAUCCUCAAGAUGCCAAUGUUUGUAAACUUGUAUACCAUUCUUUUUGUAAGCUGCUACUAUGGAAUGGGGAAAUUGAUCAUAUGCCACUCCAUAAAUUCCCAGAAUGUAAUCAAUCAAUUAAUUUCUAUUCUAUGGAUUGAAUUAAUACACGGUA